ACAGCUAUUUUAUUGACAUUCAAUAUGCUUGCUAUUAUGAUAAUCUAUCCGGCGAUGAUUGCAAUUGAUUUACGACGAUGUCGUGCUGCUAGACGAGAUUUGGGCUGUUGUUUUAUGGGAAACAGUGUGGAUGCCAAAAAGCUUAGAGCGGAAUCCUUAGAAUUAAAUAAAGGAAAACGAGUAGUAGGAAAUUUAUCGACAGUUGGUCACAUCUAUCCUGGUCCACCACCUUCUUUGUUGGUAAAGAAUGAUAAUGAAGAGAAGAAAUGGUAUACGUUAAGCGGAUUUCUGCAAUAUUAUUACAUCCCUUUCUUGACUAUACCUCUCACAAAGUUGGUGGUAAUUGUGGCAUGCACAUCAAUGUUAAUAAUUAGCUGUCUUGGUCUUUAUCAAUCAAAUCUUGGAUUGGAAUUAUCUGAUGUUUUACCAGAAGGAACAGCUCCAGCUGCAUUUUUGAGAGCAAGAGAGAAGUAUUUUAGUUUUUAUCCGAUGUUUGCCAUCUUGAAAGGCAAUAAAAUCAAUUUUCCAGAACAGCAAGAACAAAUCGAACAGUAUCGCCUGGACAUCGCAAAAUCAAGUUAUGUGAUCAAAGUGAACGGUCAUCCAAGUGAAGAGUAUUGGAUGUCAAUUAUGAGAACUUGGUUGAAUUCAAUUCAAAAGCACUUAGAUAAUGCUAUUAAAAAAGGUGAUAUAAAUCCAAUUACUGGUGAAUUGAAGGCUGGUAGUAAGAUUACCGAUGAAGCAAAGAUUGCAAGACUUCUUGUUUGUUCAUACGGAAAUAACUAUAAUUGCACAGGAAGAGUUAGCACUAUAAAAUUGGUCAAUGAUGCUGGUUUGAUUAAUGCCGACGGUUUUUAUAAUUAUUUGACUGCAUGGUAUAAUCUUGAUAGCAUGAUGUAUUACGUUUCACAAGCUUCAUUUUAUCCUGCGCCUCCUCCAUGGGCAUUGACCGCGCAUGAAAAACUUGUUCCUCCAGCAUUACCACCAGCUUACAGUCAAAUACCGUUCUAUCUUACUGAUUUGAUCGAUACUCCUGUGAUUGUGAAAAUGAUAGAAGAAAUUCGAAGUGUUUGCGAUCGAUAUGAAAAACUGGGCUUACCAAAUUUCCCAAGCGGUAUUGCAUUCAUAUUCUGGGAGCAAUAUCUCAGUUUAAGAUGGAAUUUGCUUGUUGCUAUUUGUGUAAUUACUAGUGCAAUAUUUAUUGUCAUCUCAGUAUUAAUUUUUAAUCCAUGGGCGGCUAUGAUGGUAACAGUUGUUGUCAUUUCGAUGACCAUGGAAUUGGCAGGUUUCAUGGGUGCUACUGGUGUCAAGCUUAAUCCAGUUAGCGCUGUUACACUGAUUGCUGCUGUUGGAAUUGGCGUGGAAUUUACAGUGCAUAUUGUGCUAGUAUAUCUAACAUCAUUGGGUAGUAAGGAUGAACGAAUGGCAGCUUGCUUGAAUCAUAUGUUUAUUCCUGUGGUACAUGGCGGAUUAUCCACUCUUUUAGGUAUAAUAAUGUUAGCGUUUUCGGAAUUUGAAUUUAUUGUAAAAUAUUUCUUUAUUGUGCUCUCAGCUCUCAUCUUAAUUGGUCUCAUUAAUGGACUUGUGCUUUUGCCAGUACUUUUAUCACUAAUUGGACCACCAUGUGAGAUUCGUUUAUUCGAUGAAAAAACUUAUUUACCAGUACCAGCCUCACUCUGUAAACAACAAAAUCGCGGCUCAAGCGAAGAACAAACCAAUGAUUUAGUGAAGAGGCGGGUUAAUGAUGCAUUUGUUGAAAUGCAGGUAAACGAACGUACAGAAAGAGGUGCUAAGAAUAAUUAUAUUCAUCAUAAUUCAUUAUCAGCAGUUACCGAAGAUUCUUUAGAUAACAGUCGUUUCCAUUUGAAUUUGUCAUGUAACAAGAAUACAGCAAAGAUAAAUGUUCUCACUUCUACCACACCAAUUGAUCAAAAUCAUCAAGUUAAUGUUAAAAAUAAUUCUAGUAAAAUUCCGAUUAAUAUGGUCGGGCCACAACAUUCAACUUCACCACUUCUUUCAACUAAAGUUACCUCUAGCAGUAAUAUUGUAAGACGAAAUAACGAUAGCAACAGUAAGAUGUUCAAAUUUUCAUCAAAUGUUCUUAGAUUUUAA